AUGCGGCUGCGUUCCAGUCUGCGCGUUUCCAAGAACCUGGCGUUUCAGGUUUCGCAUCCGUUCGAGCAGCUCGCGGUUCGAUUGUCGAAGUCUCACUCGCUGUUCACUCAGCUCGCGCAGCUCGAUCAAGGGCAGCUUCUGCUUCAUGCUAUGCAUCAACAGCUUUGUUCCCCGUCUUAUCAGCAUCGUCCUGGGCAACCAGGAUGCCAGCAUUACCAUCGCGAGGGCCGACCACCGCUUGUGGACGAGAAAUGUCAGAAGCGCUGGUUCUUGGAACGUUUAUUGAGUCACGAAACGACCCACAUCGUCGCGACUCCAUCCGCGCGCAAGUAUCGUGUACGUUGGCUCGGGUUUCCACCCGAGCAGGAUACGUGGGAACCGCGCUCUUCGCUUCUUCGAGACGUUCCAAACGUCCUUCGGGAAUACGAGUCCGUGCAUACGCUUUGUUCAGAUUUGUUCGACGAACUGAGUGUUCUCGCGGUGAGCGAGAACAAGACGAACGACUACUGUGUCGUGGUGAAGCGUCACCACGACUAA